GGUGGCUGAGAUAUUGGGAUUGUGGGUGGAGGGGUUUCCAGGUGGCUGGGCUGGGCAAGCGGAUGGACAGACGGGUGAUGAAGCGAAUGACAGGAGUGUCACAUGACAGUGCCCCCCUCCCUCCUCCACCCGUGUCAGUAUGUCAAGGGCACGAGCCCCCGCUGGCAGCCGCCACUGCGGCAUUUUCCCCCACUUUUAUUUAUUUAUUUAUAUUUGCUCUCUUCCCCUGUCCCUCCUCUUCUUCCUCUUUUUUAAAGAAAACUUUUUUACGUGUUUUUAUGUGUCUAUCAGACGAGCAGCUUCUAUAUGACUGCUGGCUUGCCUCCACACACCCCCGGGCCGCGACGUGGUCGGUCAAAAGGAGGCGGUGGAUACUUGAGUGUGGUGAAUUUUAAUUUCUGUGGGCACUGUAGAUAUUUCCAUGCCCCCACCCCAAACCCCCCCCCCCCCUUUCCUGCUGUGCAUGUGAGACUGCCAAGGUGAGGUUGUGUCCUCUUGUUAAGAGCGAUUAAUGGCACUCGUUAUGUACAUAAUGAAAUAUCCCUGCUGAUGCAUAGGGUGGCGUUGUCUCUCUUUCUCCCUCUGUCACACACACACAUACACACACUCCUAUUGCCUGUAUAAGUGUAUGUGUGUGCACAGUGUAACAUUGAGGGACGCUUUGUUACAGCCUCCAGGCAACUCUGGUAUGUGUUUGAUAUGGUGUUGAGACCCCCCCCCUUGUAAGCCAUCUCUCCAAAUGAAAAACGAACGGGAAUUAAGGCCCUGUCAAUUCACAGUCGAGUUUGUUCCUCUUUUUCGCUUUAGAUGCGCACAACACUGCAGCUCCCCGCGUGACAUGUGUUCUGAGAGAUAGAGAUGGGUGGCUCACCACCGAGUCCCGUUUUGACUGGCGGAGCAAAUUUAGAUCUAAUCUUCUUGUGUGUGUGUUCUUUUAUAGCCCGAGAAUGUUCACCUAACAUCAGCUUUUAAGUUGACCUUGUUGUGUUGUUUGCUCGUGUGAGGCUUGUGUGUAUGUGUGUGUUUCUAGGACGAGACGCUGCUGGCUUCCCUAUAGGUUUUUAUGUUGACCUCGUGUGUGUUUGCUUGUGUGUGUGUGUAUGUGCUAACACCAUUCAGUGCCUGAGUCAAGCUGUGCAAGCUCUUUUAAUCCCACGCCCCGGUGCACGUAGGCUUGAUUAGUGGCAGCAGUUAUCUGUGCAGAAGACAGCCCGCCCUCCUUUAGCAUUUGGUCAGGUCUGGGGCACUUGGGGGGGGGGGGGUGUCAAGUCAUGAGAAAGGUGAACAAGGAAGGAGAAAGGCAGAGGGGGCAGUGGCGGAGGGAUCACAAGAACAGGGAGAAGAGGGGAGGGCUGAAGCCUGAUUAGUAUUCUAAAGGAGCUCUCCUGCCAGUAGAGCAAAUUGAUUACUGCACUUUACCUGUAUCAGCCUCCACAGCUAAGGAUGACAAGGUACAGGAGCAUGAUGUGUGUCUGUGUUCACCUCCCAACCAAAGCAGAAUAGUUGGGUUAGCAUUUGGCUUAGUGUGGAUAUUUUUUUGUUACUCUGUUGAGAACAUUUGACUACGUUUACCAUUGGAUUUUCUCUGUCCUCCCGUCCGCCUUCAUUACGGCGAAAUAAUAGGCCGGUUGCAGUUGGGUGCUGGCCUUGUCUGUCUCUCUCGGUCCGAGUUAAUAGUCAAUGGCUGACUGAAGGAAGACAGACUAAUUUCCUGCAAGCCUUGGCCUCGUGCUUGUCUGGAUCUAGACUGACAGUUAGUGACAGUUAGUGUUUCCCGUGGUUACAGUAAAGGCGACCUCAUCAGUUUCAAAGCAACAAAAAAUUCUGUGAAACUCCAUUUCCUUUUUUGUUAUUCUUUCUUUUUUAUAAUUUCUAUCAACAUGCUGUUUAUUUAAAAAGAUGGGUUCAGUUCUGGUCUUCAGGCUCCAGAGUCCUGCUGGGUUUCAUUCUAGCUACGCAGGCAGUGAUUACACCUGGGCUGCCAUGUGAAGACAAUUAAUUACAAUUAAACUCUGCUUAGAAAACCAGCAGUGGUUUGAGUAAUGACAACUAGAAACAAGACCCACUGACAUAAAUACUGUACCUCUGUUCAUCUGCACCACUACUUUGUCAUUGGUGACUGAACCAAAUAUGUAAAGGAAGACCGGUUCAUCUUUAGAUACUUACUUUUAUUUUUCUUUCACUGUGUAGUUUUCGUUCAAAGUCAAUUACACUGAUCAGCUCAGCUUGCCAGUUCUGUGCAGUGCGUUGUCAGUGGCCACUGCAGGGACCGUUAUAUUCACUGCUCGUCCCCGGCCGGGACAAAAUCAGGAACCCUCCAUUCACUGACAGAAUGUGACCACCGUUAACUGAUUCAGCACAGUUUUAUCUGUUCAGCCUGUUUUAAGUCCACUAUAAAUGCAGGUUUAUUCAUAUUUGCAUUAUUACGUGGUUAUCACAUGAUCCAUAUGCAUAUAGCGAGGCCUGCUAACAAACACCUGACUUGACAUCAGACCACUGUCGCAUGCAUUGUGUUGCCAAAAUCCAGUUAUAAUGUCCGUUUAAAUUUCUUUGGCUCCUUUCCAAAUUCUCUGCCUAAUUAACCAUGGCUGGUGUGAACUAUUUUGGGAGGUAGUACUGUAAAGAACUGGGAUAAACCUGACAUAUUUCUUAGGUCAUAUUUUGCAAAUCUGUGUAAUAAUGAGUUCCUAGCCGAGGCAACUCAUCCACAAAUACUAGACAGACAAAGAAUAGCUCAGACAGGGCCUCACAUGUUUUGAAUUGUAGCGCUCAUGCUGUAUUUAGUAAGUAGUGCAUACCACUGUGUGUUAGCUUUCAAGACUUAAUGGUGAGGGGAAAGUUUAACUAUAGGGAGCAGGUCAAGCUAGAUAACGUGUGUUUUGCCCUAAGAUAUGGAUUUAUCUUUGAUUCAGUUGGAGAUCAUGAUGAUCUUGGGCACAUCAAGAAGGGCUUUUAGCAGGCAAAGACAGUUUGUUAACAUCCUGCUGAAUCUAAUCCGUGUAGAAAACCUUUAUUAUCUAAUUAUAUAUUUUUUAUUUUAUCUAUUUUAUAUCCAAAUCAGGUUGUCCCUGAAAAUAUGCUACAAAGUUAACAGUCCUUCAUAAUGACAGUAUUCUUAAACAAGUCAUUUUGGGGUGAAUUAUCUAUUGUAUUGUACAGAUCGAAAUCGCCAUGGACCUCAUUAUAUCAUGCUAGAUUAUUGUGAUGCACAUACAUGAAGCUUUUCAACUGUCUUAAUAUUAAGAUUCUAUAUAGCUUUUAAAUACUGGACAAUUGAGUAGUCAGCAGUAGAGUUGAGUCAUUCUCUAAUUGAUAUGCUGUGAAAUGUUUAAAAAAAAAAAAAGUAGUGUGAUUUUAAAAUGUCAUGGCAAAUUUAAAAUGUCAUAACAGUUAGACAUGUUGGCAGUAAUGUUGACAGGUUCACCACCAGCUGUAGUCAAGUGUUGAAAUCCACAGUAGUGUAACAACUUUUGUCUAACACUACUGUCGCCAUCCUUCACCCACGUUGUCAUUUCUAUCCCAUGCCCAUGUGUUUAAACAAUGGUAAUGAAUGUGUUUUUUUUAUCAGCAUAUAAAUCACAUCGACAUUAGUCUUAGUUUGGCCCCUUGGAGCAUCUGAAGUCGUCUAGGACACCUGUUUUGGAAUUUGUGUUUUUGACCAUGCGGGGCAGUGAUGGCAGAAAUUCCAUUGUAAUCUCAGAUGUAAUUGACCAGUGUUAGUGUUAACUAAAAACCCUUGCAUUGUGGGGAAGUAUAGUUAACAGCAGUUACUCAUUUUGUUUUUCUAACACGGUUCCUUUACCAACCCAGCUAACAGGUGUAUGGACGCGUUUUGGUUCAACCCUUACCUGGGAGCCAGGUUACAAACUUGUAUUUAAAGUUAUUAACCUGAAUGCUAAUUUGGAUUCUUAGCCUGUCAGGAAUAUUUAGAGUGAAGCUGUUUUUGUUUGGUUGCACCAGGUAUUGCUCUGUGAGCACUGGGUCGGGCAUCAGGGCCAGGUGUAGGACUAAUCUUAUUGAAGUCUCCUGUUUACUGGCAUGUACUCAGCUCUGCCCUGCCAACUGGAUUUAUGCUGCUAUUCUCGGAAAAGGUUACACAUAAUUGUUAUUGGUUUAAAUGUAUCUAAUUGAUUUAAAAGAUUCUUUUGAUUGUGUAACUUUAAAUACGACUAUAUUCUUACUUAAGCUAAAUGAGAAAAAAAUACCAAUUGUGGUUCUGAUGAUUCUAAUGGAAUAUCCUUCACAACCCAUUGUACCCUGUAUUAUCAUUCUGCAGCCUCACUCAGAGCAUUAGGAUGAUUUAAAAACUAGAAACUAGGUCAAUGGGAGCAUUAUGAAAGGCAAAAUGAUAGCAGAGAUGUGUCCUCUUCUUUUUCUGUCUCUUAGACCUCUGUCACACACCAUAUUACUCCAAACCAUCCCAAAUUACUCACAGUUAAAAGAAAAAAGCAGCACUCUUUUAACCCAAUAAAGGCAGACAUCUUGCUGACUCACUGCAAUAGCCUUCUUAGGGCUGAUGCCAAGGAUAUUAUGGAAAUGAUUCAUUAAAGGCCAAGGUUUUUAGCUGGUUUUAUCCAGCUUUCAGGGCAGCCUGACAGUGGGACAUUUGAUCUCAAUUGCAAAGUGGCCCAUUUCCCUCAGACAUCACCACUGCAGUCUGUUUCAAGAGCCUAGCUCUGCCUUUUGGCGUGCUGGCCAUGGGGCAAUCAGCUGUUCCUAUUUCCAGCACCAGUGUUUACAAAUGGAAAAUGCGUGUUCUUUCGGGAGGGAAAUGAGCACCAUUUUGGACAGACGAUGGAAGCAGAAGAUUACCUCGGAGCCCAAUAGAAAUGAAUCAGGUCCCCCAUGUGAGAUCUGCAAAGCUGAAAGGGCGCCACUGACAAGACCACAGCCAGGCCUUAAGACAGACAUCCCAAACAUCCACAGCCACGGAAUGUGUCAACAUCUUUGUGGUGAAAUCCUGCUGACUCCUCGCUUGCUACUCACAUAAGCCUGGAGCUGGGCCUUGUGGGGUCCUACGGUGUUUGAAGGCCUACAACGAUGCCUGGGAGGCCCACCUGCCCCAGAUUGCCUCCAACCAUGGUUGCUGUUUCACCGCAGUGCUGACUGUGCCCACUACAGAGAGGGAUCACAUCCGGCCAGUGCAUCCUUCAGCCCUGUGCAGACUCACUCUGUGCAAUUGUCUGCCACCUAUUUGGUAUUUAGGAAGUAAAUGCCACUGUCAACCAGAUGACCUAGUGGACAUUUGUUUCCUAGUAGCAGUGCUGAACUAUACGAGGGGAUCCUAGUAUUGAACAUGACUCAUGGGGAGGAGCCUGGCCCUGAGACACACAAGGAUUCAGCUGUUCUAACUUAUCUGGAAGGUUUACUGAUGCAUCCAGUGGUAGCCGGGCCUGGGGCCACGGCAAGCGGGAGAUCUGAGGCUGCCCACAGCAACCAGGAGCAGGGUGACAAGGUGGGUGGGCCCUUCCAACUGUCCAACCAUGGCCCCACAGCUCCCAAGGCUGGAACCAACGGGCCCACAAUGGGUUCUUCACAGCACCUGAAGAAGGCCCGCCUACUGCGCUCUGGUGCCUGGAAUGAUCCAGGGAACCAGCGGAUGAGUUCACCCCCAAUGGAGCUGAAUGGCCAAGGGGGAGGCCUGCAAAAUGGAGCACUAGAGGGAUCCCCUCACGCCGGGGAGAGCACCCUGUUGGCUUCCCUGCUUCAGUCAUUCAGCUCACGGCUUCAGAGUGUAGCAAUGUCUCAGCACUCUAAUAAACCCCCCAGUGAGUGUUCCUCUCCCUCCAAGGCACCACCAGCAGACAAAGAGCCAGUUCCUGUGUAUGGGACAGCCUCAAGCCGCUUGAAGGGCCUAAUGAGGAAGAGCAAACUUCAAAAUCACAGCAACACACCUUACAGUCGACGGGGACAUAGUCAGGACAGACCCCCAGAAUCCCCUCGGUCAGCACACAGCGCCACGCCUCCCUCUGCACCAACAGCUGCUGAAUCAGUGUCCUGUGCCGAGCGUCUGAAGGCCGUGGCCAACAUGGUGAAAAUUCGGUCUAGUCCAGCACCUUCACCCAAGCCCAGUGUGGCCUGCAGUCAACUGGCCCUGCUGCUGUCCAGUGAAGCCCAUCUCCAGCAGUACUCCAGAGAGCAUGCCCUCAAAGCCCAGCUCUCUGGAAGAUCUGCCAGCGAGAGACUAGCUGCCAUGGCAAACCAGCAGCAUGGCCAGGACAAAAGGCCACCUAGUGUGGGAGGGACUCUGCCUGGAGCCCCAGACACACUAAGCUCCUUAACAACCCAAAAUGGAAUGACAACAACAGCCACAAUAACAACAACACUCCCUCGAACGGCCCUGUCCAGUCCACAGAGCCCUUCUUUGCUGCGUGGCCAUAGCCAAAGCUCCCCGCCCACUACCCCUCAUGCUCCAAACCACACUGACAGCCAACCACCUAGGGAGAAGCGAGGCUUUGACUCACGUCCAACCCGUCCCCCCCAGACAUGCAGCAGCUUGCUGCUGCUGCUACUCAACAACCACAACAACCAGAAGCAGCUGACCAAGAAUGGACACCUGGAGGACAGCUGUGGCAUUCUGCCACCAAGUGGCUCCUCUUCAGUCACAUCAGACAGCGAGUGCUCUAUCCAGGAGAGAAGCCUGACCAAGGACAGCAGUGAUGCAGAGAGUUCCUACUCAAGUUGCUCUCCCAUUGACCUCUCCAUGAGAAGCCGGGUGAAUACACAAGACACAGGGCCCAAAACUACCACCCCCUCUUCCUCCUUCUCCUCCUUCUCCUCUUCCACCUCUACCCUCUCUUCUUCCACCAGUGUGUUUUCCUCCACUCCAGUUGCAUUCUCUCCCCAAGCUUCCACCACGACCUUUUCACCAUCCUCUACUGUCGUCUCCUCUGUGUCCACUGCUAUUUCUUCCUCUUCCUCUAUGUCUACCUCUUCCCUGGACAAACUAACAGAAUCUUUAAUAAACAAGUGGAAACCAGAGCCAUCAGGAUCAAAAGUGUCCAACAACAAGGAGCCUGAAAUGAGCCCAGACCUAAAAUCCCACCCUAAGGUCACUCUUAUGCAGCUUCUUCUUGAGCGCAGAAAUAAUGAAAUGGUUAAUAAAAGUGUAGUUAACCAGGAUUUACCACUUGAUAUAACUAUGUCCACCAUGGCUCGAGGCCAGCCAAAGGGACUGGUGCCCUGGGAGGAGACCAGGACAAAAAGCUCCAUAGACAGACCUGUAGUCCCAGCUCAGCCCCUCUACUCACUUAGUCGUGAUCCUAGUGGCGCACUAUCCCCUUACUCUUACCCCUCCCCCCAUGUCCAAUCCAGCCCACUGGAUUUGUGUAAGUCUAAAGCCUUCCCUGCUGAGAAGAAUUCAGAGCCCGCCUUCAGUGCCAGUAAACUGUUACAGAAUCUGGCUCAGUGUGGCACAGCUUCUUCUUCCCCACCCAUCCCCUCCAGCAAAGGGCUGGGUCAGGAGCCCGAUGCCAGCAGGCCCCUUGCCCUAUUGGAAAGGCUUAAUGCUCCAAUCCAUAGGACCACCACCACUCCACUCUCUGAUGGACCAUCAGGCAGUGGCACACCUUUCAGUCGGAAGGAGGCUUCUCCUCCGUCAUCACAGAUUGAGAACCUUUUAGAGCGGCGCACCGUGCUGCAGCUCCUUCUAGGAACAGGCUCAGCUACUGCUACAGUCGGCCGCAAAGAUAGGCCCGGUGGCAGUGGCAGAAGGAGUGUGGACGUGGCUGGAGGGUGCUAUGAGAAGAGUCCUGGUGUUUCCAUCAUCUGUGACAGCUCCAAUGGCCCCCCUUCGGACAUAAAGGUCAAAACGGAGCUCACGGAAGAGGUGGGACCAUCCCCAGUCAUGUCUGAGGACUCGAGUGGCAGAAAGAGACCUAGUGGCUAUGAGAAGAAUAGCCCCCUUUCAGAUUCUCAGCACGACUUUAAAACAGAACCGCGGCCUGCAGAGGUCAUUGCAAAAUACGGCCUCCUCAGCCAGUUGCUUAAACAACAGACUGCUACCUACUAUACCAGUGCUGCUGUGCAGGCUGAGUCACAGCCCAGACAGUUUAAAGAGGAACAGAGGGAGUAUCCAAGCCCCAGUCCUAAGAAGAGACGUCUCUGCUCUGAUCGGACUGAUACUUUGAAUAAUACCAGCUCUCCAAGAGCAGCGGAGAGUGGCAACACAAACAUUUUUGCCUCUUCUGCUGUUCAGGAAGAGCCUGAGCAGCAGAGGAGUCUGAAAGAAGAGGAGGCUCCACCCAGGAGCCCACCAAGUGAAACCCUCACCAGAGAGAGCCGGGGCUUCAAUGUGCUCAAACAGCUGCUGCUCUCUGACAACUGUCUGAAGGAGCUGUCCCAGCAGCCCCGGGGGACACCCAGUCCUUCCGUCCUGCAGGCCAAUGGGAAGGCCAAUGGCAGCAUUCUCAGCCAGCCUGCCCAUAAUCACAGCUUCCUCCACCUGCCUAGCUGGCACCCCCAUGGUUCCCUCAACUCAGGGCUCCCGAGUAAUCUCAGACCACUGCCCACCCCCCCUGCAGGUGACAGCCCUAUCCAUACCCCGUGGAGUCGCCACCCAGCUCCAUGGCCAGUCACUCAAAAACGGGACCCCCCUACUCUAGUCAAACAGGAGCCUGAGAGUCCUGUGCGAUGGAGUAGUCAGGAGGAGGAGGAGGGUUGUGACUCAAACCUGGACUCUCCACGGCUCUCGCGUUCCAACCCCAUCCUGUAUUACAUGUUGCAGAAGGGCAGCAUUCAGCUGAGGAAGGAGGUGAGGGAUCAGACAGAGGGAACCCAGUCUGUAGUCAGAGUUAAAGAAGAGCCAAUCAGUGACAUGCAUGCCUAUGAACACAGUCUGAGCUCCACCCCGCAAUCACCGACCCACAAUGACAAGCACAGCCAUGAGAGCCAGGGGCUGAGCCAAUCAUCUGAAUAGAAGUUGUAUCAACUACAGAAAAAAACAAAAUGGAAUCGAAUUCAUUGACUCUUUUUUUUUUUUUUUUUUUUUUUUUUUAAUGGCUUGCCAAAUUGGUUUGAUGAAACAACUAACAAAGAAUGCAAACAUGAUUUUUUUUAGUGGAAUAGAGCAAGUUCAAAUUCAAAUGCGUACUUCAGAUGCAUACAUACAUUGGUUUCUCAAUUUUAAAUAGUGAGGUCAUGGAAUGGUACAAAACAGGUCUAUCUUAGCAAAAUGUCUAAUUGAUUUAACCAAAACUGCACAACUGUCACAAAUUUAACCUUUCCCAUCAGUGAUUAUCAUGCACUAUAUAUUUUAUUUUGUCAGUUAUUAAGUCCUCCUUUCCAAUUUGGUCUUGUUUUACACUUAUUAUUUAUAUCUGAAUUGUACACAUAUCACUAUUCCAUGUCCUCUUUGUUGUCUGCCAUAAAAGAUUUAGAAAGAACAUUUCAGGCAACAUUUAUUAUUGACGACUCCAAAAAUGUUAGCGCUCAGUUCAGUGGACAUUUAUUUAUUUUCUCCAUUAGAACAUUUUCAGAUAGACAGAGUCCCAUCAAUUUUAGAUAAGAUUCCAAAUAAAGUCAUUCUAGGGCAGACACAGUGGUCUAUUACAACUAUGUACAUGACAAAUUCAUUCUAAGGAGGACCUUGAAAACAAUAUUCACGCUGCAAUAGCUUCAGCGAGGAUCCUACCACAAUGAAUGCUUUGUCUUGCUUUUCCUCAAGAUUCAUGGUAUGGUAUAAUUACCAAUGGAGUAAGAAUAUAUCAAUGGAGAUUUGAAUGAUCACGAUUCAUUGAGUUAUGCUUUUAUUUGAAUUGAACUUUUAAGGGCAAUAUUCUACAGUGCAAAUUCAGGGUGAUGCGUAUGUAGAUUGUGCAGUCUUGAACAGAUGGGUCAACAGAGCGUGUGCGGUGCUUACAGUUGAGCAACUGUAUGUAAACAGGUUUCUAGAGCAACAGUUAAAAGGUUGCAGUGUCUGAGAAACUUAUCUUACCAUCGUGGGUAAACCCGCACCACUUUUCUUCAUGCACACAAAAGUUCAGAGUGUGAAGCACAUGGCUUUUUCUUUUUAUUUCAUAUUAAGGAGCACCCAGAGUUUGCACUGUCGAAGCUGAGUCCUCUGUGUCCUUUUCAGAAUAAUUUAAUGGCAUGUAAUAAAAAAAAUGUCAGUAUUGUUAUCUGUUCAGAAUUUGACAGUUUGUGGGUUUCUUUCAUCACUUCUUAACUGUUGUGGUUUAUGGACAUAUUUUAUUUUGUGGCAGUCUCUUAACUCAUAAAAUGUCAAAAGAAUUGCAUGAUAAUUAGAGAAGACCACAGGUACAUCUUUCUUUUCAAAGCAGCUGGAUAUGUGUACCUGCCCCCCAAUAAUCACCAAGACAUUUUGGUGUCUUGAGGGAUAUCUGGUAUCUAGCUCUUUAUUUUGAUUGUACUGUAUUCCUUUAAGUUAAUUUCACACAUUGCUUCAUCCAUUUAGUCUUGUGAUCUUUUUAAUACAUAUACCUAUGAAGUACGUCUCUUCGAUUAUUAAUACAUUUUCACAAUGGUUAAAUAUAUUUGUGUAAAUAGUACUUUCAGUAUGAAAGAUGACUAUUUUGUAAUGUUUAAGAAAAGAUAUUACCCUAGUUUUUAAUGCCCUGAUAUGUAAAUAUGAAUUAUAUGCGUACAAGUGUACAUACAAAGGCAGAGGAUGCUAUGCCCAUCUUUUUUUGGUUGGUUUGUUCUUUGCAUGUGUCUCUAUGUGGUAAAUGAUAAUCUAUCCUGCGCUGUGUUGUGUAAUAAUGUCUGACUCUCCUCACUGCUGCCUGUUGCAUGCAGACGCAUGGGAACUACCUGUGUAUCCCUACUGGUGAUGGGGGAAAAUGUCAAGUCUUAAAAUAGGUCUUUUUUAUCACAGAGAGAGGUUCGUUUAGAAUAUGAACAGUCCCUAAAUAACCACAGACUGUUGAGCAAGUUGAUUUAAAAUGUGUGAAAAAUAAACGUGCAUUGAAUAUUUUUGUGAUUUUCUUUUCUGUUACUGGUUAACAAAGCUCUGUGAAAGAGCUUGGGGCUAUAGUGGGGGAUUGACGUACAAUCAUAGAUCUGCAUUGUGCAUCUAAGAAAUACAUUUGUAGCAGCAAAUACUAAAAAAAAAAGGUGUUUCAUUUUUUCAUGUGAAACCUGAAACAUUAUUUCAUUUUUUAUGUUUUCAUUUUUGGUGUUCAUUUGCACUGAUAUCUCAGAAAUAAAGUACUGAAAUGCAUGACCUAG